AUGAUUUCGCCAAAAAUUUUCUAUGGGUUAUUGCUCCUGCAAUUGGUUGUCGCGCCAUCUACUGGUGUGGUCAAAGCCGCUGAUUCGUUCUCAAGUCGCCAAUUAACCGCUAAACAACUUUUCGACCUGACGGAACCUGACCAGCUGAACGAAACAGAUGGCAACUCAACCGAUAAACUACCUGUCGACCAGGCGGUACGUGACAAGCUGAACGAAGCCGUUUCUGAGAGCCUUUCCGGUGCCAAAGUGCGGGCCGAUGCAGCGGGACGCUCAAAGAUGAACGAUAAAAGACCCAUUGACUUGACGCCACCAUAUGGUUACACUCCAGCAGCAGUCCACUUGGGGAAACUCACUGGAGAUGACUGGUGGACCGUGUACCAUGAUUUGCAACGCUACGAAGCGCUACUCGAACAGUGGCGCAUAAACAAGGGCAAGUUCCGCUCCGGACCUAAUGGCAACUGUAUUGAAACCAACCAAAUCAAGCAGCUCACACGUGCGAUCUUCGAUUGGCUAGAGGCUUCAAGCAAGGAGUGGCGACGUUACGCGCACGUGUGGGUCUGCGAUCGUAGCGACGACGUGAUUUGGGGCUGGAGAUGCUUGGAGCCGGCACUCUGUUGGGAGGUCAGAAAGAACUACGAGCAGAAUAUAUGCGUCGUCUUCUAUUUUAUAAAGGGGGAGACGCACCCUGGGCCUAACGCCACGUUAGUGCACGAACAAAGUUACCGAAUCCACCAAAGGACCACCGCUGAAAUUUGGUUGCGGACGGAAAAUCGAAAGCCACAAAAUGGCGAUUUGAUGAGACUGGACACUCUUGACGAAUUUGUGCCCAAUUAUUUCGUGCAUAUACACCGUCACGGCGAUGCUGGUUUUUCUGCUGCGCAAGAGACCGGGCAUGCACUGUACUGCAAGGAUGAUAAGCAAUAUGAUCGAAAUUACGAAGUGGAGUAUCGCUUCUUUUUC